AUGGUUGAUCUCAAAAAGAGAGAAUUCAAUGCCUUGGAAUUAACAGGAAACAAUUAUAUACAAUGGGCUUCAGAUGUCAAAUUAUAUCUAAUAGGAAAAAGAAAGGGGAUUGAAAGAGAUCCCAUAAAAAUUGAGGAAGAUAAGGCAAAAGUUGCAUCAAUUAUGAGACAUCAUUUAAUCGAUAGUCUCAAACACGAAUACACCAAUUAUGAGGACCCAAAAUUACUUUGGGAAAAGGCAAACGAAAGAUUUGGCCAUUAUAAAAGUGUAAUUCUCCCAAAGGCCAUCGAUGAAUGGAGAGAGUUAAGAUUUCAAGAUUUCAAAUCAAUUCGGUCUAUGCCCUUUAAUGAGAUAAAUAUGAUUGAGAGGAAUGUGCGCCAUCGACGUCGUGGGAACUAUUUCAUAAGAGGCUGA